AUGGAAGAAACUUACAUCGAUUCCCUGGAUCCUGAAAAGCUAUUACAAUGUCCCUAUGACAAAAACCACCAGAUCAGGGCCUGCAGGUUUCCUUAUCAUCUUAUCAAGUGCAAAAAGAAUCAUCCUGAUGUCGCAAACAAAUUGGCUACUUGUCCCUUCAAUGCUCGCCAUCAGGUUCCUCGGGCUGAAAUCAGUCAUCAUAUCUCAAGCUGUGAUGAUAAAAGUUGUAUAGAGCAAGAUGUUGUCAACCAAACCAGAAACCCUGGACAAGAGACUCUGGCUGAGAGCACCUGGCAGUGCCCUCCUUGUGAAGAAGAUUGGGAUAAAGAUUUGUGGGAACAGACCAGCACCCCAUUUGUUUGGGGCACAGCCAACUACUGUGGCAAGAACAGCCCUGCAAGCAACCUAGUUAUGGAACAUAAGAGUAACCUAGCUUCAGGCAUGCGCGUUCCCAAGUCUCUGCCAUAUGUUCUGCCAUGGAAAAACAGUAAGUGA